AUGGACGACCUUCACAUAGAACACGUCGAGAGCGCAGACAAGACAUUGAUACAGGACCAGACGGUUCGUUUUGAAGAAAUGGCCGAAUUUGUGAACACCCGCGUUUAUGAACUCGUGACAGAGAAGAUGAAGGGUGGCAAUAAAAACGAGGUGGAUAAGAAAGAUUUUAUGACUGCAAGAAAAAUGGAGAUAUGUGUUGAUGCAGACACGAAUGAAUUUGUCAAGGCUGAGCUUCUUGCUGCUUUGAGGACACAUAUCAUAGACAUAUAUAUGAUGUAG